AGUUCCUGAAGGACAGGAACAGGUUCUAAUUCUUCUCUGUGACCCAAGCCCUAACACUUGCUUAGAGAAAACUUGAAUUUUGAAUUGAGUAAAUUCCAUUCUAUCACCUUGGCUCACACCAUGUCCAUGUCGUCAUCACAGAAGUUGGAGAAGUCACCAAACCUAGUAGCACUUGUUACUCUCAAAUCAAGACCCUGGAGUUCUAUACGUUUUUUGAAGGCUCCUGACAGACAGGAGGCAUCUCCAGCUUGUCCCUGGGUCUGGUAACUGGAACUGCAGGUCUCAGAUAACAACAGCAGCUUCAGCAUCAAUUAUUGAAAACAGGUCCAGCUUCUUGUCUCAGGGUUACUUCCCCUAAGGACUUCCCCUCUGGUUCUGUACUCCGGUCUUCCCUAAGCAGCAGCUUCCAGCCCAGGUAAGCGGGCCUUCUGGGUUCACAAGCACACCCAGUUCACGUCCACUAUCACUCAUCUAUUCACAUCCAUUCAUAUAGUGUUUUACCCACCUCCAACCAGGAGCUUUGCAAGGAGGCCUGCAAAGUCAGAUCUGGAAGGGGAGGGUGGUCCAGAACAUGGGAAAGGGACUUGGAGAAGAGGGCUGGGGGAGGGGAGUGUGUGUGAUGUGUUUAUGUGUAUGUAUGCACUUAUAAAGGGAAUUCUGAGAGAUCACAGAGGAAGGGGAAUAUAAGAGAGGGAAGAUAGGACUGGAGGUGAAAUAUAGAAUCAAGGACUCCUUCCAUUCCCAGGGAAGAGUAAAGGGACAGUCUGGUGUGGGAAGACAUCACACUCUAACACCUUAUGAAGUGUUUUGAUUACCUUUACUGAAGCAGUCCACAGUGACAGUGAAGGGUUUUUGAACUACAAAGCUUUGCUCUUUUGCAACACAGUAAUGGGUCAGAAGAGACCCAUAGCAUACCUCCACCAUACUGGAUAGUGGGAUAUGAUGGGGGUAUGAUAUCUUGGGAGGAACUGAAGAAAGAAGUCCUGAAGAAGGGGUGACUUCAGGGAUGAAGGGAAAUGGAUUGUAGCAAUGUGGAGAUGGGACCAGAAGUCAGUAGUAUUAAGAGUGGUAUGGGGUUGGGUGCUGAACAUAGACAGUAUGCCAUCCUUUUAGUACAGUGUUUUGGAAUCAUACCAACCUGGAUUCAAAUCCCAAUUCUGCUGUGUGACUCUGGGCAAAAGACUUAAUCUUCCUUAGCCAUGGCUUGUAAAAUGUGAGCCUAAUAAUUGCUAAUGGCAAAGACCACGAAUGACAAAUUGUGGGGUGGGUUUCCCCUCCCUGCCUCCCUCCAUCUCAGACCCAGGUAGGGAUCAUGUCCCCUGCCAUUGCACUGGCAUUCCUGCCACUGGUGGUAACAUUGCUGGUGCGAUAUCGGCACCAUUUCCGACUGCUGCUGCGCACAGUCUUACUGAGGAGUUUCCAAGACUGCCGGUCAGGGAUGCGGAUUGAAGAGAGAGCCUUCAGCUAUGUGCUCACCCAUGCCCUACCUGGAGACCCUGGACACAUCCUCACCACCCUGGACCACUGGAGUAGCCACUGCGAGUACCUGAGCCAUAUGGGGCCUGUCAAAGGUCAGAUCCUGGUGCGGCUGGUGGAGGAGAAGGCCCCUGCUUGUGUGCUGGAGCUAGGCACCUACUGUGGAUACUCCACCUUGCUUAUUGCCUGUGCCCUGCCCCCUGGAGGUCGCCUUGUCACGGUGGAGCGGGACCCACGAACAGCAGCAGUAGCUGAAAAACUCAUUCGCCUGGCUGGCUUCGAUGAGCACAAGGUGGAGCUCAUUGUUGGCAGCUCAGAGGAGGUGAUCCCACGCCUACGAGCCCAGCACCAGCUGAGUCAGGCAGACCUUGUACUCCUGGCACAUCGACCCCGGUAUUACUUGCGGGACCUACAGCUGUUAGAGGCCCAUGCUCUGCUGCCAGCUGCUGCAACUGUCUUGGCUGACCAUGUGCUCUUCCCUGGUGCACCUCGCUUCCUACAGUAUGCCAAGAGCUGUGGCCACUACCGCUGUCGGCUCCACCACACUGGCCUCCCAGACUUCCCAGCUAUCAAGGAUGGUAUAGCCCAGCUUACCUAUGCUGGACCUGGCUGAGGUCCAGGACCAGGGAUAUUUACCAACACUCCCUACCCCUGCCCAAACAAGGACCUCAGAACAUUUAUUUCCUCCCUGUUCGGAGCCUGACAUGUGCUGGGCUCAGAGCUGGGGGGCAUUUCUCCCUAACUUUACCUUUCCAGCCUCCACACUGACCCAAAGUGUCAUAUUCUAUCAGGCUGCUUGUUUUCACUGGUCCCCCUCCUUCUGGAGAGAUCCAUGGAUAGACAACAGACCAUGGGCCUGAGCCCCCAACCCAGCUCUGUCACUGGUUUUCUGGGUGACUCCAGGGGAGUCUUGCCCUGCUCAGAGAUUUAAUCCACUCUCUUAACAUUAAAGUUGCUGGCUAGGA